CUGACAGGUUAAGGACACUAGAAGAGUCCAAAUAAAAAAUCUCUUAGUCGACAAUUAAAAUAAGUAGUCACCAGUCAUUUCUAGCUAAGCACAUGAGCAUCAAAUUCCAAAUUCCAAAUUCCAAAUUCCAAAUUCCAAAUUCCAAAUUCCAAAUUCCAAAUUCCAAAUUCCAACAAGAGAGAAAUAAAGAAACACAAACGAAAGUCGAGCCGAAGCAACAAAUAAAACAUGUUGAUGUCGAAUUAUGAGAAGAUAAAAACAGAUGUUAGUCAUAUUAGCCAAUUAACAAAACAGCUUGCAAAAGAUGAUCCUAGAAGGAUUGUUCACUCCAUCAAAGUUGGUUUUGCAAUCACAUUAGUCUCUCUAUUCUUCUAUUUCGAUCCACUAUAUGAAGGUUUAGGCAUGAAUGCAAUGUGGGCUGUUCUAACUGUCGUUGUAGUCUUCGAGUUCUCUGUAGGAGCAACGUUAGGAAAAGGGGUGAAUAGAGGUUUAGCAACUAUUAUAGGGGGCAUGUCUGGAUUUGGUGCUCAUAGAUUAUCAAGUCUUUCUGGAGAUAAACUUGAGCCUUUUUUUCUUGGCUUCUCCGUCUUCAUUACAGCUGGAGUUACCACAUUUAUGAGGUUUUUUCCAAAGGUAAAAGCCAGAUUUGAUUAUGGACUAUUGGUAUUCAUAUUAACAUUUUGUUUAAUAUGUGUAUCUGGCUAUCGAGAUGAUCAAGUUAUAGAUAUGGCACAUAGAAGGAUAACCACCAUUCUUAUUGGUAGCUCAACUGCUGUCAUUGUUUGUCUUAUUAUUUGCCCUGUUUGGGCUGGUACUGAUCUUCACAAUCUUGUUUCCACCAACAUUCUUACUCUUUCCCUUUUCUUUCAAGGAUUUGGAAUUGAAUACUUCAAAACUUCAUUGGAUAUAACACCUUCGGAUGACGAGAUUGAGGACAAUAAAUCAUCACUCCAGGCGAUAAAAAGUGUACUCAACUCCAAAAACAACAUUGACACUUUGCUAAAUUAUGCAAGAUGGGAGUUUCGGCAUGGACGGUUCAAAAAGGGGCAUCCAUGGACACAAUACCAGAAAAUUGGGGAGUUGGUUCGAAAUUGUGCCUGUAGAGCUGAAGCUCUCCACAGUUUCCUUUAUUCUCAAGGACAGGCACCAAAUGAAGUGAAGGCUAAAUUUCUGGAACCUUGUAUGAAGAUGAGCACAGAAUCAGGGAAUUGUUUGAGCGAACUUUCAAUGGCAAUUAAGAAAAUGAACAAACCCUCUAAGGCAAAACCCCACCUACAAAAUGCCAAACAAGCUGUUCAAAAUCUCAAUGUAUUAUUAACAGCAAACAUAUGGAAAAAUCUUAAUCUUUCAGAUGUAACACCAGUGGCCACAGUUGCCAAACUACUAGCAGAUGUUGUGGCUUGCACUGAGGAUAUUGCUGAGGCGGUUCAAGAGCUUGCGUCCCUUGCCAAAUUUAAGGAUGCUAAGGAGAAAACCAAAGUGGCACCUCAAAUUGAAAAAACCAAAGUGGCACCUCAAAUUGAAAAAACCAAAAUGGCAAAUAAUCAAGGAUCGAUUAAACGACGUCCUCAUGCUAAUCAUGUUAUACUGAUUGAGACAUCAUCACCAACUUCAUCUCCCAGAAUCUCUGUUCCAAAGGAUCCGCCUUCCUUAGCUAUGGCUCAACAAGCUGCAGAGUAACAUUCUGAUUUUCUUGAAUUAACAAGGCGUCUACUUUUUUGUUGCUUUUUUUAUGGUUCUACUUUUGUUGCUUUUAAUUGUUCUUCUGUUCUCGUCUAGUCGUCUUGUGUUUACAUUGCAGACUAAUUUAACUUUGUAUAGAAUAACUUUGUAUAGAAUGUACUCCUCUGUCCCUUAA